AGAUUGAAUUCAUAAUGAGUUAAUAUUUUUAAUUGGUCUUAUAAUGGGUUAUUCUAACUUUUCAAGGAAAAUAUUAUUUUUGGAAGUGUACAUCAUAAAAAUGGAGUACGAACAUUUAUUGACUAAGGGUGCUUUGAAAUCAAUGAUGAAUAAUAUAGAGGUUAAAGAUCCUGUUAUGCAAGUUCUUGGUGUUCGAAAGAUUACUGCUGCAGGAGCAAAUGAAAGAUAUCGUUUACUUAUUUCUGAUGGUCAUAAUUUAAAUUCAUUCGCUAUGUUGGCCACUCAGUUAAAUCAUAUGGUUUCAUCCGGUGAACUUACUGAAUUUGCCAUUCUGAAAAUAAAACGACACAUUAUCAGUAAUUUAACCGAUCGUAAUAAAGGAAGUAAACAAGUCAUGAUUCUUAUAGAGUUAAAUGUAAUGAUUGAUGGUGAAACUGUGCGUUGCAAAAUCGGGGAUCCAAAACCAAUUGUAGAUAAUACUGGACUUGCUGUUGAAAAUGGAACUUCCGUUUCAGUAGAUACAGUACCUAAAACUCAGUCUAAACCGCCAGUAAAACUUAAUGCAGCCCAAUCCAGUGUUGUCAAUAAUGGUCUUCAGAGAGAUAUCGAUGUCAGCAACAUUCAUCCCAUCAAUUCUUUAAGCCCAUAUCAAAACAAAUGGACUAUUAGGGCUAGAGUUGUGUACAAAGCCCCAGUACGUACUUGGAACAACCAACGAGGUGAAGGAAAACUAUUCAGCAUGGAUCUGGUAGAUGAAAGUGGUGAAAUACGUGCUACUGCCUUUAAUAGUGAAUGUGAAAAAUUUUUCGAUAUGAUUGAAGUAAAUAAAGUAUAUUUUAUCACUCGUGGUGCUAUUAAAACUGCAAAUAAAAAGUUUUCAAAUCUAAAUAAUGAUUAUGAACUCACGCUUUCCGGAGAAACUCAAGUAUUUCCAUGUCAUGAUUUUGAUGAAUCACAAAUGCCUGCUUUGAAAUUCAAUUUCAUUCAGUUAAGUGAAGUUAAAAAUGUUGAAGUUGAUGGUAUAGUAGAUGUUAUAGGAGUCUGUCAAACUGCUGGAGAUGUAGUUAAUUUGGUGUCAAAAACUACAAGAAAAGAAUUGAAAAAAAGAGAUGUGACAAUAGUUGAUCAGUCUUUAAGUUCAAUUACUAUUACAUUAUGGGAUACUCAGGCAGAAGAUUUUGAUGCAUCAUUACAACCUGUAGUUGCUAUAAAAGGAAGCAGAAUCAGAGAAUUUAUGGGUAGUAAAUCAUUGUCACUUCUUGGUUCAACUGUAAUGCAAAUAAAUCCUGAUAUAGAAGAAGCACAUCGUUUAAGGGGUUGGUUUGAUUCUCUUCCUUCAAACAUAGAAUUUAAUAGCCUGUCUGCUCGUUCUGAAGGUGGAGCUAAUAACCAGUUUCUCACAAUUAAAGGAGCACAACUUGCUCAACUUGGUAAUGGAGAUAAAGCUGAUUAUUACAGUAUGCAUUCGUAUUUGAUAUUUGUAAAAUCUGAAUCUGCAUUAUAUAAAGCAUGUCCAAAACCUGAUUGUCAAAAAAAAGUUGUUGACCGAAAUGAUGGAACAUAUCGUUGUGAAAAGUGUAAUGAUGAAACAGAAAAUUUCAAAUAUAGAUUUAUGCUUUCAGCUCAAUUAAGUGAUUUUACUGGAAAUCAAUGGGUAACCAUGUUCCAGGAAGUAGCUGAAAGUUUUUUGGGUACUUCAAGUCAAGAAUUAGGAAGACUAAUGGAAGAUUCUAAAGAAGAAUAUAGUGAUGUUUUUCAAAGGCAGAUGUUCAAAUUGUUUGAUGUUAGAGCUAGAGCAAAAAUGGAAACAUAUAACAAUGAAACAAGAUUAAAAGUUUCUAUAGUCAAUAUGAAGCCUAUUGAUUAUAAAGUAGCUUCUAAAAAAUUGAUUGCUGAUAUAAAAAAAUUAAGUGGAAUUGCAACAUCGGUUAUGUAAAAACUAAUUGUACACAUUUUUAUUGUUAAGUUUAGGAUUAAGAUUUUUCAAAUAACUGUAAUUUAAUACUCUUGUACAGUUAAUUUGUAUUACUUAAUAUUGUCAGCAAAUUAAUCAUACAUU